CGCCCAUGGUGCGGCGCACCAUGACCAUGGACGAGGCAGUGCGCCUGGCAGAGGCAGAGGAGGCCAUCAUUCGCAAGAUGCUGCAGCCACUCAAGACUCUUGCACACAGCCGCCAUGUGCGAGCAGUGAUGCAUCUGGAGCGCAGCAGCGACCACGAGAAGGCCCUCUGUGAUGCAGUCAAGCGGUUCUCCGCCUCCCGGGUCUACAUCGGGGUCAGAAAGAAGUUCCUGUGGUCGAAUUCCCUCAGCAGCGCGCCAACAGCCUACUACGAGACGAAUCUCCCGGACGGCUGCCUGCUGGUGGUGGCGCAGGGGUCGCGGCGGGUGGCAGAGAUCCCCGUUCAUCCCAAGGGCCCCCUCCGCAGCCGCACCCUCAGCCGCUCCAAACGCUCCCAGGCUGGCUUUGACCCGCCGCUCACUCCCACCGGCAGUGCUGCUGGUGCUGGCGGGAAGGGGGCGGAGAGGGGGGCAAGCAUGGGGUUUCCUCGCUCGGCGUCGUCAAAUGCUGCUUUGGAGGGGGGAAGCAGGGGUGGAGAGCGGUGGCCUGACGCUGGUAGCGCUCGUGCUGGUGCUGCUGCUGGUACUGGUACUGGCACGGUAGUUGGUGUGGGUGCUGUGAUCGGUGGUGGUGUUGGGAGCAGCAGCAGCGGAGGGCGGGGCGGGGUUGGCAGCAGAGGAGAGGGAGAGAGGGGGCGCGGUGACGCCCCUGAAAGCAGGGUUCAGGCGGGCAGGCUUAGGGUGAUUGUGCCGUCUAAUAGAGAGGUGGACGGGUGGGGGGGGCAGAACCAGGGCGAGCAACGUCAAAGGGAGCAGAGCCAAGGGGAAACGAGUCAGGGGGAGGAUAGUCAGCGGGGGGGACUAGGGUUGGAGGCGGAGGGGGGAGAUGGGGAUGAUGCACUGGCGGAGCUUGGGGAGGAAUGGGUCAGAAGCAGGAGGAGAGAGGCGCCACCAUCAGGUCAAACGCCAGGUGCUUCAUCAGGUGCUGGAUCAGGUGGUGUGUCAGGUGCUGCAUCAGGUGCAGUGGGCCAGUUCGGGCCGUUGAGUGUGCGUGGCAACCCCACCACUCCCCGCCUCUUCUCCCCAGAUGACUGGUCCUUCCCUAUAGAUGAUGCUGCCUCUGAUGCUUCUGAUGCUACUUGGCCGUCUGGUGCUGCUGGUGCGUCUGGUACCUCUGCCCCCACGACUCCCAAGGGUGAGGGCAUGGCAGGGAGAGGCUCAGGGAGGGCUGAUGUCAUGGCAGCAUCUGGAGGGCUUGCGAGGCCUGAUAAUCUGCUCUCCCCCUCUGGCCUGCUCUCCCCCGAGCGCCCCUUCUCUGCUAUCUCCGCCUGGGAUGCGCUCCCUGUGCGCAUCGGAGGCAGUGCGGUGGAAACAGGGGGGAGGGUGAUGGGAGGGGAGGCGCUAAAGUCGCCGCGCAUGGGGGGGAGUGCUGUGGAGACAGGGGGGAGGCAGAUGGUUGAGUCGACGCACAAGUCGGCUCGUGUAGUGGGCAGUGGCGCUGGUGCUGGUUCUGGUGCUGGUAGUGCUGGCGCUGGUAGUGGUGGUGGUGGUGGUGGUGCUGCUGCUGGUGCUGGCGCUGGUAGUGGUGGUGGUGCUGGUGCUGGUGCUGCUGGUGCUGGCGCUGGUAGUGGUGGUGGUGGUGGUGCUGGUGCUGCUGCUGCUGCUGCUGCUGCUGCUGCUGCACCUGGUGGUUCUUCUUACAGGGAUGCUGACGAGGACGAGGAUGAGGAUGACGUUGCUGCGGAGACAGGGGGGAGGCAGGUGGGAGGGAGUGGGGAUGGCUGGGGGACUGAGAGCAAUGUGUCGUCUGCUGCUGCUUCUGCUGGUGAUGCUGACGAGGACGUGGAUGAGGAUGAGGAUGAUCAGCAGCAACAGCAGCAGCAGCAGCAGCAGCAGCAGCAGCAGCAGCAGCAGCAGCAGCAGCAGCAGCAGCAGCAGCAGCAGCAGCAGCAGCAGCAGCAGCAGCAGCAGCAGCAGCAGCAGCAGCAGCAGCAGCAGCAGCAGCAGCAGCAGCAGCAGCAGCAGCAGCAGCAGCAGCAGCAGCAGCAGCAGCAGCAGCAGCAGCAACAGCAACAGCAGCCAUGCCCGCAAUGCAUCAGCCACUUGCUCCUCCUCUCCUGCUCCUCCUCUUCCUCCUCCUUUGGCCUCUGCUGCUGCUGCUGGAUGGCAGGCCGAGCAGCGGCAAGAAUGCUCUUUCCCAAGUCUUCCAGCGGCGGCAGCCGCACGGGGCGAGAGGACAACACUCCCCAAAGCCCCCUGGUUUCCCCUCCCCCGUCGGAUCCUGAGGGUGAUGCGUACCAACGGACACGAUCGCUCGGCACGAUUGACAUCAUUAGAUAUAAACAGAGCAGAAACGCGAGCAGGCGGAGGAGCAGGGACUAUGGGGAAAGCAGUGGCAGCGGUGCCAGCCCCUCUCAGAAAUCUGCCAGCCUCCUUUCUCAUCAAUCCGCUACUCUCCACCCCUUGCAACAAGCUGUGCCAUCAAAUCAACAGUCUGUCUCUGAGGCGCCUCAAAAAUCACCCCAGCAGCUGCCUCUGCCACUGGAUGGACCAGCGAAAGCGCCAGUCCCGUGCCAAUCUGCCAGGUACCCCAUGCCUCCUCGCUCGCCUUCACGGCACACCCCUCCUCCGCUCCUCCCCUCGGCCGCUGCCGCUGCCGCCGCCGCUGCUGCUCCUGCUGCUUCUGCUGCUGCUGCUGCUGCUGCCAGCGCGUCUCCACCCCGCCGCAACCAGCAGCAGCAGCAGCAGCAGCAGCAGCCGCAGCCGCAGAGGAGGGCUUUGGAGAGGUUUCCUGUGUGUCGCAUGGAGCAGCGGCAGCAACAGGUGAAGCUGGCUUGGGAUGACAUUCUGGGGGACGGGCCUGAUGCAGGACAGGCGCCAGCAGGGAGAGGUUCGCUUGUCCGCAAAGCAGUGAAGGCAGCAGGAGCCGCAGGAGCAGCAAAAGCAAGAGAAGCAGCGGGAGCAGCAAGAGCAACACGAGCAGCAGGAGCAGAGAAAGGCAGAGGUGGUGGGGAGUCGGAGCACACAACAGCACGGGCAAAAGGCGCGGCAGCAGAGGAGUUUGACUUUGGUGUGCCAGCAGAGACGGCAGGUGAGGUUGAAAGGCGCGAGUCUGUGGACCUGGCUAUGGGUGGCAAGCCAAUGCCCAGGGGUGGUGGCAGUGGCGGUGAUAGCGGUGGUGGUGGUGGUGGUGGUGGUGGUUCAAGGCUCAAUCAGGGCAGCAACAAUGGCACCAUGCUGAGCUCAGGUACAGAAGAUGCAGCACGGGCAGCAGCAGAAGCAGCAGCAGCAGCAGCAGCAGGAGAAGCAGGAGGAGGAGAAGCCCAAAGUCCCGAGGAUCUAUCAGCGUCCAGCAUCCCUCACCACCUAUCGUCUCUUGGCCCCUGUCGGGUGUUCACUCUGCAGCAGCUAGCAGCAGCAACUGACGGUUUCAAUCCCUCUCGCCUGCUGGGCUGCAGCAGUGGGGGCAGCGCAGGGGGCAGAGGGGAGGGCAGUGUGUAUCGGGGAGAGCUGCUGGGGCGCCCAGUGGCGAUCAAGCGGCUGCAGGGCCCAGGGAUUACCCACAGGAGUCAGGGUCCUUACGCCACGUCAGCUGCCACGUCAGCGGCCACGUCAGCAGAGGCGGAGGCGUUUUGGAGGGAGGUGGGAGUGCUCGCGAGUGUGCGGCACCCGCAUGUGGUGGGCAUGGUGGGCCCCCCUAUCCUCCACUCCGACCUCAAACCCCAAAACGUCCUUCUUGACGGCCAUGGCGCCAGCAAACUGGCUGAUACAGGCCUGGCAGGGCUGAGUUUCUUUGGCUUGUUCCCGCAGAAUCAGCUCGAGGUGACUUUUAAGGUGCGGGGGACGUUUGGGUUUUUUGAUCCAGAUGUGGUGGUUACCACCGGGGAGGUUACGGCGGCGAGUGAUGUGUAUGCGCUGGGAGUGGUGGUGCUGCUGCUGCUCACUGGAAUGGAGGAUGUGAAGGAGGUGCAUCGGCUGUUGGGGCAAGUUUCAAGCACAAACGCAAGUGCAAGCACGAGCGCACGUCCUUCUUGCAACCUAGAUAUUGCCAUCACUUUUUUUGCCGAGCGCCUCGACAAGCGGGCGGGCAGCUGGCCGAGAGAUUUAGCUGCCCGGGCUCUGCGCGUGGCUCUACAGUGCGUGGAGCGGCGCGGCGUUGAUCGGCCGGACCUGCGGGCAGUGGUGCACCCGACCCUGGCUGCCAUUGCUGAGGAGGCGCGGGAGGUGCAGACUCGGGAGGAGGUGAAACAGGACCAUGAGGUCAAGGCUUUGGAGGGGGUGAAGCAGGGGCGAGAGGGGCAGGCAGGGCAGGAGUUGCAGCUGGAAAGCCGCUUCAUCUGCCCUCUCUCCCAUCAACGGCUGCAGGAUCCUGUGGUGGCAGCAGAUGGGGUGACGUACGAGAGGGAGGCGAUAGAGGCGUGGCUCGCAGCACAUGACACCUCCCCCACAACCCACCUCCCCCUCCCACACAAGCACCUCACCCCCAAUCUCAUACUGCUAGACCUUCUGUCCACCCUGGGUCUUCUGAAUGGGUCGUAG